CAAGUGCUGCUGUGAGUACAAGAAGAAAUAACUUCAUACCCUGCAUUUAUCUCGGACACAUCCUGAAGCUUAAACUGGCCAUAGUGCUCUUCUUUUGCACUAGACCACUUCACUACUUUCUCCAUGGAAAUCCCUCCAUCUGGGGACACUCCACCGACACCUUUGUGUGAGAGUCUCCACAGAGAUUUCCCUGCAGGGAAGCACGUCCCACCUUCUCACACCGGGAAGGGGAUGACCCAGCCUCAGCUCCAGGCAAGUGGACUGGGAGAUGAUCCCCCCAAAGGAGAUUUCCCUCUUCAGAAAAAAUCUCCGAAACUCUGUGGCUCCAACUACCCCCUGAGCAUUGCCUUCAUUGUGGUGAACGAGUUCUGCGAGCGCUUCUCCUACUAUGGCAUGCGAGCUGUUCUGACACUCUAUUUCUUAAGCUUCUUCCACUGGGAUGAGAAUCUCUCCACUGCUGUGUACCAUGCCUUUUCCGCGUUGUGUUAUUUCACACCUGUCAUCGGAGCCAUCAUGGCAGACUCGUGGCUGGGCAAAUACAAGACGAUCAUCUACCUCUCCAUUGUGUAUGUUGUUGGCCAUCUGAUAAAGUCAGUCGGUGCCAUUCCAUCCCUGGGCAACCAGGCAGUUCAUGUGGUCCUGUCUAUGGUUGGUCUGUUUUUGAUCGCCCUUGGAACGGGAGGUAUCAAGCCCUGUGUCUCUGCAUUUGGUGGGGACCAGUUUGAAGAGGAACAUACCUCAGAGAGAAGCAAGUUUUUUUCCAUCUUCUAUUUAUCCAUUAAUGCUGGAAGUUUGAUCUCCACGUUUGUAACUCCUGUAUUAAGAGGGGAUGUGAAAUGUUUCGGAGAGGAUUGUUAUGCACUGGCUUUUGGUGUCCCAGCAGCACUGAUGGUGUUGGCACUUGUUGUGUUCAUUGCUGGAAGUGGACUGUACAGAAAAACACCACCACAAGGAAAUGUCUUGCUGGAAGUGUGCAAAUGCAUCGGUUUUGCUAUUAAAAACCGGCUGAAAAACCGCUCCCCUGAGAUUCCAAAGAGAGAUCACUGGCUGGACUGGGCUUCAGAAAAAUACUCAAAACAGCUGAUCGGGGAGGUUAAAAUGGUGACUCGUGUUCUCUUCCUCUUCAUACCACUGCCAAUGUUCUGGGCCCUGUUUGAUCAGCAGGGAUCCAGGUGGACUUUGCAAGCCACAAAAAUGAAUGCUGAUUUUGGAAUAUAUGUCCUUCAGCCUGACCAAAUGCAGUUCCUAAAUCCACUUCUUAUUCUUGUCUUCAUCCCAAUUUUUGACCUUGGGCUCUACCCCCUGAUAAACAUGUGCAAAUUGAAUUUCACACCUAUUAGGAAAAUGGCAACAGGUAUGAUCCUUGCAGGGCUGGCAUUUGGACUUGCAGCUGUUAUAGAAGUCAAAAUAAAUGAAACCGAUAUGCCUCGACUUGUCCCAAAAGAAAGUUUAAUUCGGGUCCUGAAUUUGGCAAAGAACCCUGUUCAAGUGACAAUCCAAGACAAGGACCUAUUUCAGCAGCCUGUGGAGUCUUUUCAGAGCCCAGCUGAGUACUCAAAAUUAAUAUUGAAUGGAGAGCAACAGAACCUUCACUUCACCCUGCAACAUCAAGGAUUGACUCUUGCUUUUAACUACACUGUGAAGGAAAAAUCAGUAUACAGCUUAAUUGUUUUUGAGGCAGAAGGAAGCCUAUCAAGCCGCUUAAUUACAGACUUGGAAGCAAAGCCGGAAAAUGGUUUGGCAGCUGUUAGAUUCAUUAAUGGUUUGAGCCAAGAUGUCAACCUCACCAUCGAUAGCAAAAUGUUUAUUGCUGUUCAGAAAAACUACAGUGCUUCUGAGUACUCACUGCUGGAGAGGGACAUAUAUAAUAAUGGAAAAUGCAUAACUGAAACAGGAGAGUUCCCCCUGGAGCUGGGGCUGCUUGACUUUGGUGCCUCAUACACCAUUGUGAUAACUAAUAUUUCUGGGGGUGUUGUUGAGAUGUGGAAGUCAGAAGACAUCAAAGCCAACAAUGUCCAUAUGGCCUGGCAGUUACCACAAUAUUUACUGAUAUCUGCUGGGGAGGUGAUGUUCUCCAUUACAGGUCUGGCCUUCUCCUAUUCUCAGUCUCCAGCCAGCAUGAAGUCGGUGCUGCAGGCAGGCUGGCUGCUCACCGUGGCUGUGGGGAAUACCUUUGUGCUCAUUGUUGCCGAGGCUGCACCAAUGGCACAGUGGGCUGAAUUUGUGUUGUUCACUGUUCUCCUCUUUGCUGUGUGCAUUAUUUUCUCCAUCAUGGGAUAUUUCUAUGUCAGUGUGGAUCCAGAGGACCUAGAAGAAAAGGAAGAGAAGAGAGAGACCUCAAGCAGAGGAAACAUGAUUGGUCUUGUUACUCAGAAAACAAAGCUCUAACACAUCAUGGGUUGGGAUUUUUUUUUUAAACUCAGUUAUGAGAAGGUGAAAGAAGGGUGGGGACUGUUAUUUUAUUUUAGAGCACUGCCGUCUUUGUUACUCAAAAUGUAACCACCUUACAAAUGGGACCAAAUGGCCCUCUAUAAAAACAGUGGGGGUCCUGAAAUCAGAACAAAACUCCCUGGGAAAGCUCCUCAGGUAUUAAAAGCCCUUAUUAGUAAUUACAGUGUAAUUUAAAACCUGCCCAUCUUUUUAAGCAUGGAAUGCUUUCCUAUGAUUUUGCCUUAAACAUAUAUUUAAGGCAGCAGGGAGGAACGGUGGAAGGAGUGCCAUAUGACACAAAAAUUUGGAAAUGUUGCGAGAGAAGAAAAAAGAAAAACUAGUAUAGGAAUUAGGGAAGAAUAGAUGUUAGAGACAGAAGGAUUUUUAAUGCUAUCAUCAAGGACUGUAAGGGUUACACAUAGUCCCAAAGGAAUUCAUCAUGUAACUCUCCUUAUGAGUAUUUCAUCCCAUUAUUGCAUGUUAUGAAUGGUUCUGAUUUAUGAUUUUCACCUUCAGGCUCAGAAGUAAUAACAGGGAAUUAAAUUCUGCAGGCUAAAAUAUUCCCAAAACACUGCUGACAAAGACAAGCAUGCUACCACCUCUCCCAUUUUUUCCCCUAGAAGUUUUUAGCAACUGAUGGUGUUCUUUGAUUAGACAUGAUUAGAGAAUUGCUUUAUGCUUUCUUAUUUCAGAAUUACAGACAGUUAUUUGCCAUCUUCCUAUACAUUAAGCCUUUAUUGGGCAUUUCCUUUUACAGCACCUGUCACUGCAAGUUAGGAUAUAGCUGAUUUCUUAUCUCAUGCCUCAGUUAUUCCCCACUGGGAGACAAGUUGCAGUAGUUUCUAUAAAAUUCCAGGCAUCCUGCAGUGAGUUAUUUACAAGGAUGCACUUUAUCAUUUUUUCAGUCUACAAGAGGAGACCAUGGCAUAUGAGAUUUUUCUUUUUCUCCUUGUUUUUCUGUCUCUACCAGACUUUGGAUAUAGCAAUUUUAUUGGAAUUGUGAUAUAACUGUCUGAUUUUCCUCAAUUGCGUGAAGCUGUGAUUUCAUGUUCUGCAUAGGAGUAAUCCAACCACUGCUGAUCUAGUAAAACUCCUGAGAGAGUCCCUGCCUUCCUCUGUCACUUCAAGGCCACAAUUGUAACAGGUACGGCCUAAUUCAAAACAAAGUUGUCAAUAGGAUCUUCAGGUUCACAGAAAAUCAGUUUUAAAUGAUGCUUUCCUCUUCCAUCUUGGCAUUGGCCACAGGUGGUUGCUGAUGCUGGGAUUCCAGAGAUCACAAAAUACAUGUUUAAUUCCUGUUCAGGACAGUGCUAGGAAAUACGCUUAGUUUGACACCACCUCAGCUCCUUUGAUGUGCUGCCAGUGUGUGUGUGUAUCUUCUUGAGUAACACUAACAAAACACAGUUUUUUGGUUUUAACUCACAGCCUAAGAUUGCUCCCUCUGCUUCCUGUCCUAAGUGGGCAUGGACUUUCACCACCAGUUCUGCAAAAGCUCCUGCCUGCUGUGAAGUAGCAUCUGGGGUUGUGCCAGAGGGGGACCAGGGUCUCAUCAGAUAAAUGAGAAGAGGCUGCAGAUGUGCACGCAGGAACACUUGGGGUGGUUCAGUCCAUGCAGAGACAUUUAUUAAGCUGUGGUGGCUGGAUCCAGGCAGCUGAACCCUGCAACUCCAUGGAGAAUGAAGGGCAUUGAAAGCCACCAAUUAGGUCAUCCAGCCUGCUUCUCAGAAGCCAAGUGAGGAUUAUUCCCCUCUGUUCUUUCUGGUAUUGUUCUCCUGCUGUGAUUCUUUGUGUGGGCUCUUUCUCCUCCAAGCAUUGUUGUUUUCCUAAUCCCAUUUUAUGACACACUGUGAAUCGGCUCAGAGGCUGCUGAAUCACUCUGCUGUGAUGCUGUUUGACCAGCUUCCAAUUUGAAGCACUAAUAGAAAGCAUUUCUUCCUCCACCCACUGCAAACAAAACAAAAAUCCCCAAACUGAAGGAAUGGCCAGGCUCCAGUAACACUGAACAAACACAAUUUAGAAUUAUUGGAGCAUUUAAUUUUUUAUAAGCCUUGAAUUUAAAAGUAUGUUGGGGUUCGAGGGCAUAUGUGGUGUAAAGACAAAUUAAAAUUAUUGAAGCACUGUUCUUGGGAAGCAUUGGUAAGCAGUUCAGAGUUGCAUGAGGGAAAGCAAGGUAUCCAGAUCUCUAAGACUAUAUAUGCUUGAGAACCUCCUGAUUUUUUUUUUUUGUUUUAUUUCCUUAUUGGCGACACUACCAGAAGCUGUCACAGACUCUGAGCUUAAUUUAAAGGAAUCAUUCCAAACUCAUAAAAGAUACAUUUAGGAUGUCAUCUGUAUCUGCUUUUUAGACUCUUGAUGCCAAAUUGCCCCUUUCCAAACAUCUCCAUGUUCCAAACCGUCACCAUAAUGCUGGGGAAGGAAGAAUUGCAAUUCACAGUUGGGAAGACUAUGAACAGGAAGGCAGUGCUAUAAAUAAAGUGCUAAUAUGAGGCUGGGGGCUGCUCCUGCAGCCCCUCCCAGGAAUUGCUUGGGGGACUGUAAGGCUCUGUUCACAUUUCUCUCAGGGAUGAACCGGUUACUUCUUCCCACCUGCUCAUCAUCACCUAUUGGAAGCUUUUUCCUUCUCUGAUCUCCCUGUUUGGUGGCUGGUAUGAUCCUUCCCCGCUGCUUCAGCUGCUGUUGUAGCUUUACUAAAUUGGACCCAUUUAUUUGGAAUGCACCAGCAGUUUGGAGGGAUUUCCACUGGGAUGCUCACAACCAGCCAGGAAUGGGCUGGGGGCUCUAACAAUGAGCUGCCCCUUCUGUAGCUGGAGCAGGUGGGAAAAUAGCACAUUCAGCAUAGCACUUCUCCAGUUUUAGAGCCACAACUCCACUCUUGGAGGCCUUGCAUCACUUUCAAAUGGACUCAAGACUGGAUCGAAGGUUUGGGACUUGAUUCCAGGGAAUAAUGACGUCUCUGGGUUUUUCCUCCAUAUCAUCACCUCAGAGAUGGGGCCGUGCUCAGCUCUUCAUACCCAAUUUUAGAAAAAUAUUCUUUAUUUCUCACAAUUCUUUGCUUUAGGAUCACAGGGAGGAUCCAAAGUAAUGAUAGCAUAUGUAAAGCUGAAUGAACCUCUAUUGAGAAAUAGCAACCUGCUGCCUGUCCAGCUUCACCUGCCACUGAAGACUCUGAGCUGUUGGUGAAGCUUUCCCUGGCACAGAUUAGGGAAAGCUCACUCCAACUGACCUACAGGAAUUAUCCUCUCCAGCUGAGGGACAGGGAAGAGGUGGUGGGAAGCUGUAGAUGUGUUGCUGCACAAACCUUCAUGGAGAUUGCAGGGGUUUGGCUUUGCUCUGCAAGUAUGUGUCUUUAUAUGUUUCUCUGAAAGGUGCUUUCUGAGGAAGAUUUUUGUGCAGAAAAUUCAUUUGCACUGGCUGUUGCCAAUUUUCCCCUUAGCAGGUUGUAAGUGUGACCAGUGUUAUUUCCAGUUUUGCAUGAGAUAAGCAUAAAAAUGAGAUUUCAAACUCAGCAAAACAGCAUCUUUGCUGUCAGUUCCUUAAAUUUACCUUUUUCUGAGGCAGUCAAAUGCCUUUAGGUAGCAAGUUCUCUGUGCAGCUCAAGGGGCUUGCAUCUCUCUUUUCUUCCAUCCUCCAUUUACCUCAAUCCCAGAAUUCCACAAGAUGAGCCCAAGGAGGGCUGUGUGGAACUGCCUUGGAUGCAGCUGGUGUGUGCUGUCACUACUGACUGGGAAGCAGGAGUCUGGCCUGGUCAGGAGCUGGUUCCUCUCUGGAUACCCAAAUGGGGCUUGGCAAAGUAGAUUGAGGCAGGGCUGGCCCUGGUGCAGUGACCUAGAUGUGAGUUUUAUUGUGAAAGGGAAAUGUAAGUGAGUUAAAGAAAAAGUUUUCACUUUACUUGGCUUUGGCCUGAGGCAAGGAAACUGCAGACUGAUGGGCAGGGAGGAAACAAAGAGCUGUUUGGUCAAGGUCUUCCCAAUUCCUCAAUGAACAGCUGAAGUUACAUUGAAUUAAUUGCAGGGAAUAUGAGAUGAGAGAAGAGGAAAGCUCAGAUGAUUUUAAAAUUUGGAUGAAUUGAGAAGGGCACUCUCCUAGCUGGUGGUGAAGGGCCACUGGGGGAGAUGGUCAGCCCUGGUUUGAAAAUGGGUUUGGUGUUCCAGAGUACUGCAAAAACCAGCAUGAAGACCAGCACUGGUGGGUGUGCACUGAGCAGAGGAGGAGGUGGCUUUACCCCAGCAAUGUCCCCACCAUCCAUGGGAGCCACCACCUUGGCUUAACCAUUGGAACAGAACAAACAGCUGAAUGUUAUUACAGAUGUGAUUAGCACAGGAGGGAGAGCUACAGCUGGGGCUGGUUAACAAGUUUUAGCCAGGGUCAUACACAGAAGAAUAAUCCUUUUUUUCCUCUGCAUUGAAUUUCUUUUCUGAGCUACAAGAACCACUUUCUAGCACAAACUGCUUAAACUUGGGAGAUCAGCACCAUGGCAAAUACCACAGCUGCUGAAUUUUGGAUGGUACCAGACUCUGCAUUUCAUUAUCACUACAUUUGUUAUUGUGAUACAAUUUUAAAACAGCAUUUAAGAGAUGCGUCUGGUCCCAGAUGUUGACAGAUCUGGCCAGGGUUUUGCAUGUUGAUAGCUGGAUUCACUGGCUGUUGAUAGCUAGUCUUUCAUGUUCAUGUGUGUGAUAAACUUUUCAUGUACAAGUAGAUGUGGGGCCUGUAGAAUUUAGAAAAAAGCCCUAAAGUUCCACAGGAAGCUGGCUAAACAUGAACUGUGGCAUUGCUUCCUUGAGUGAGCUUCCCAUGUGCUUUGUAAAGCAGGGACCCUCAUUCAUCUCCUGCAAAGUGCUCCCCAGAGAGACAAAAAUGGGGGACAUAAACAUUUUGCCUUGAGAAGGGCUCAUGCUGCCUAAUGGAAAUUGCAUGAAAGAAAAUAAUUGCUUUGCUUAAAACCCUCUUUCCUCACCAUCUCAGGUGGACAACAAGGAGGAAAACAGUUUCUUAUUGAGCUUUGUAUCAAGGAGCUGCUGCAUCUUCUCAAAGUCUUUCAUGCUGUGUUUUGCCAGCAGAUCAGCAUUAACCUGGCCUUAGCACCUGUAGAUCAGAAGACUGUCAGGAUGCAGAGCAGCCACACAGCAGGCUCCCACAGUCUGCUGAUCAGCUCUGAUCUCUUCAUUUUUAAUGAAUAGUUGUAGCAGUUAUCCUGCAGGGCUCAGUCAGUCAGAAUUGCUCUAAAUUUAGGCCACAACUAAGGACCUGAGAGAACUGUAAUCAACAAGAUAAAUAGCUAAAGUCUCAAAAACCUGCUAAAACACUGACUUAGUGCUUAAUUAAAAUUCUAAUGUGCUUACAGAAAGUAAAAAUGUAAACCUGAAUUUAGCAAUUCAGUCAGAGCAAUGAGGAGCUGUAGCUGGAAUCCACCAACGUGACAACUGGCAACCAAGAUGAAGAUACACAAAUCAAGCAAACAUCCCUCUUUAGAUUAUUUUUUGUCAUUGCAUACGUUGUACAGUCUGCUUGGCCUGUCCUGUUGGAUCUACCCAUGUGUGUAAGGAAAAGAAGCUGAACUGA